CCGAAUCGCAAGCGCGCAGUGCGCGGAUAACGUGGACAAUCGCCUUUAAGGAGCUCCCACGCAACUAGUUUGCACAAGUUGUGUGAACGUGUCACUAUUUGUGCGUGCGUGGUGUCUUUUGGAGGGGGGGGGCGUGGACGUCGGAGGAGCUGCAGCGUGCAGUCGGCUUGCAUGCUGCCUCUUGGCUGCAGUUCCAGCCGUGGAGUGAGUGACGUGCACGCAGGAGGAACACGCGUGGACCUCGGCUGCUUUGGUCGGAGUCGUUCGCUACUAAAACAGUGUAUGGUGUUAGCUCUUUUUGUCAUUCGUCAUCUAUUCAAGGAGUGUUGUGGAUUUUGUAGCGUCACGACAACCGGUCGUGCGAGUAUUUUGGAAAUAUUUCCUGGUUAUUCUUUUUGUUGUGUGUGUUUUUUUUUUUUUUUUUUUUUUGCAACGUUGGGGAUGGCCGUCUGGGUUCCAAAGUGAGGAUCUAUCCUGUGUCAACAUUGGCAGGUGUUGCGUUCACACGCACUUUCUCCAACUCGCCGUGGACGGAUUACGGCACCUUUUAUUCUCUUUUUGUUUUAUAUUUUUUGGGGCACCUAAAUGUGUUCGAUCGUAUCACUUGUCGUGUAAAGAAGGGAGAGCUCAUGAUGCGUUCAAGGCGCCGGGUGGGAAAGUGAGCUUUCACUUUUUUUUUUUUUCGUACUCCUUGAAGGCAACGACAGCCCCAAAAUAAAUAAAUAAUACAAAAAAAAGAAAAAAGAAAUCCAAAUCCCAAAACAUGACAAGCAACGGACCUGUCAUCGUGUACGAGUGGCUCAAGACCCUGCAGCUGGCCCAGUACGUGGAAGCCUUCGUGGAUAAUGGCUACGACGACCUGGAGGUGUGCAAACAGAUCGGCGACCCGGACCUGGACGCCAUCGGCGUGUACGUCGCGCACCACCGCCGCGCGAUCCACGACGCCGUGCGGCGUCUGAAGGAGGACGCCAGGGACGCGGCGAGCGGGCUCUACUUCACCCUGGAGCCCGUGCCGCCCUCCGCGGACGCAUACACCGGCCGCACGCUGGACCGGUGCGAGUCCAAGAUGCGCGCGUCCAAGUCGUGGAACGAGCCCGCGCGCGGCGUGGGCUACAUGGGCGCGCACAGGAACCUGACCCUGGGCAACGGCAGGAGGGAGCUGCUCAUCUACCCCAAGCUCAAACUCAAGAUCAUGAUUCGGGAUAAACUCAUCAGGGACGGCGUCAAUCUGGCCGCGACGCCCUACUCCAAUCAGGAUGGUUCACUUGGCAACAUAGAUGACCUUGCUCAGGAAUACUCUGAAUACUACAACACGUGCUUCAGCGACGUCAGCGACCGUAUGGAGGAGCUCCGCAAAAGACGAGUGUCCCAAGAGCUCGACAUGGAGAAACAGGAUCCAAACAAUAUCUCUUUGCAGCUCCGCACUGAGAUCCAGGAGUCACUGGGCUUCAGCAGCGACGUCUCCACUCCAGAAACAGACAGAAAGAUGUCGCUGCACAAAUCCAGCUCUGAAGAUGGAUCUGGAGGGAAAUGGGACAACAAGAAGAAGAACAAGUCGUUCUGGCAGAAUUUCCGCAAGCCUCAGCACAAGGCGGUCGUGCGACAGACAUCGAAAGGUGAGGACAUCGGCUACGUGGCCAGCGAGAUCACCAUGAGCGACGAGGAGCGAAUCCAGCUGAUGAUGAUGGUGAAAGAGAAGAUGAUCACCGUGGAAGAAGCGCUGGCUCGGCUGAAGGAGUAUGAGCGCAGCAGACAGUCCGGCAGUACUGACACUGCAGAGUGGACUGAUGGAUCUGCAGCCAGUCUAAACCAGUCCUCAAACUGCAACCAAUCUCGCGAACUGUCCGACGACGAGCAAUCGGAGGAUUCAGUGAAGUUCAAACGGCUCCACAAGCUGGUUAAUUCCACCCGACGGGUCAGGAAAAAACUCAUUAAGGUGGAAGAGGGCAAGAAGCAUGGAUCUGAAGAUUUCCUAAAUGUAGAGUCAGUACCCAGUUGUGACGACAACACAGCAUUGUACACGGGGGUCCUGAAGAAGCACUCGUUGCCUCAGGAGUUCUCCCUCCGCCAGGAUCAGCUCUCUGUGGAUGGAGACACAGACAGCCUGACCACCUCCCCGUCCUCCAGCAGCUUGGACACCUGGUCCGGACACCGUCUGGUGAAAACCUUCAACAAGUCCUCCAGUACCCACGGCCUCAUCCGCCCGCCCAGGAGAACCCCGGUCGGCUCGGGCUCCGGCGUCGGAGAUAGCGGCUCCUCCUUCUCUGAGCUGGAUGGCUGUGGAUUGGACGACGAAGGAAAGUUGUCGCGCUCCACGACCGACGACAGCGAGAUGCGGAAGGCGCUGAGCUCCAUCUCCCACGGGGUAAGUAACAACGAGGCCCUGUACGCCUUUUACGGCCUCACCAAACCCCGCCCCAAAACCCAAUCCCGCCGCCUCGUCCCCUUGGACGAUGACCUCUAUCAAGGCAGCCCAAAAUAUCACACCGCCAACCGGCACCGUGGCGGCUGGACGCACAGAAAGCCCGACCCCAACUACUCGUACUCCACCAAACACCUUCUGUACCAGCGUUCGCGCAGCACCAAGACCCCGUCCUCCCCCGUGUGCUUCACCCCGUCAUCCCCCGCCCGCAGCGAUGUAGCCAAAUCAAAAGGUUUCGGCGUGGGAGGGAGCUGGGUGUUCCCCUCGCGCCGGCUGCGGGGUCGGAGCGCAGUCAGUGAGCUGAACAUCACCUACGUGGUAGAGCGGAGCCUGUACGGUCACCUCAACUGGGCCCAGCUGGUCCGCCCGGUCACCCUCAGCCGAGCUGAGCGGCGCUGUCUGUUGGAGGAGGACCGCGAGGCGGCCGGAAAGUGGGCGGCCAGCGUGGACCGCUGCACCAAGCGCGUGCUCUUACGCAUCCAGCAGAAGUCUAGAACGUGCAGCUUCGGUGGCUUUGACCUGUCCAACCGAUCCCUCCACGUGCUCAACACAGGCUCAGAGGCCCAUAAUAAAGAGCAGGAGGCCAUAUACAGAGAGGUGGUCAAGUCUCCCACGACUUCUCGGAUCUCGCUGGGCAAGAAGGUCAAGUCGGUCAAGGAGACCAUGAGGAAACGCAUGUCCAAGAAGUACAGCAGCUCUUUGUCCGAACAGUCCAGUCCGGAUGGAACACCUGGUUCUCCGCAGUCCCUUCAGCCUGACAGCGACUCCCUGGAGAAGCCCAAACUCAAGGCAGGAGGCUCAGUGGAAAGUCUCCGUAGUUCACUGAGCGGACAAAGUUCAAUGAGUGGUCAGACCGUGAGCACCACCGACUCGUCAGCCAGCAACAGAGAAAGCGUCAAGUCGGAGGACGGCGACGACGAGGAGCCGCCUUACCGAGGACCGUUCUGCGGCCGCGCGCGAGUGCACACGGACUUCACGCCGAGCCCCUACGACUCAGAUUCCCUCAAACUGAAGCGUGGCGACGUGAUCGACAUCAUCAGCAAGCCGCCCAUGGGCACCUGGAUGGGCCUCCUCAACAACAAGGUGGGCACCUUCAAGUUCAUCUACGUGGACGUGCUGUGCGAGGAAGAGGAGAAGCCGAAACGGCCGGCGCGGCGGCGGAGGAAGGGCCGACCGCCCAAGCCGACGUCCGUGGAGGAGCUGUUGGAACGCGUCAACCUCAAGGAGCACAUGCCCACGUUCCUGUUCAACGGGUACGAAGACCUCGACACGUUCAAGCUGCUGGAAGAGGAGGACCUGGACGAGCUGAACAUCAAAGACCCCCAACACCGAGCGGUGUUGCUCACGGCCGUGGAGCUGCUGCAGGAAUACGACAGCAGCAGCGACCCGGAGCGCGGCGGCCUGUCGGGCUCCCAGGAGAAGUUGCUGUCCGAGGGUCGGGGUCUGGUCGGCGACUCCCCGCGGGACUCCGGUUGCUAUGAGAGCAACGAGAAUUUGGAGAACGGCAAGAGCAAGAAGGCCUCCCGCUGCGGUCGCUCUUCCGCGGGCCAGUCUCCGGAUUAUGCCACCCUUCCCAUGACCAUCUCCAGUGAGGCCUUGCAGCAGAAUGCCAAGAACCAGCGCUCCAAGUUCUCCAAAAACUUGUUCAGCAAGCCCUCCCUGAAGGGCUUCAACCUACUGGGGCGCCGCAAAGCCCAAAGACGUUCCCCCAUCCCGGCCAGUCGUAGCUGCGAGGACCUGGAUGAAUCGUUCCAACCCGCCGGAUCGUGGAAACGCUCCCACUCCCUGGGAGAUCUGUACUGGGAGCAGAGGAACGAUGACAAUGUGGAGGUUGAACUCGCUAAGAAAGAGCCCAGUUUGGACGCCGGUACCCCCGUAAAGGUUUUAAAAGAGGAACGUUCGCCAGCUCGUACUGCAACUCCACCAGUGAGUCCGAAACCAAAAGUGAACAGACCACCUGUGCCCUCGCAGCUGCCGUUGAGACCUCCUCGUCCCGCAACCCAAGCCCCGAGUCCCCCCGAGUCCAACGCAAACGGUGAGAGAGUCAUACGGACUCAUGCCAAAAAGCCGCCGGUGCCGCCACCCGUUCCCGCCAAGAAGUCCAGAGAAAGACUCGCCAACGGGGUCUGCCACUCCCCGCUCUCCGUGCCCUCUUCGCCAUCCCCCGCCCCCUCCCCGACACACUCGCUCACCCGCUCCCAGCCGAGCAGCCCUGUGACACGGCGCGGCGCCGACCCCGCCCCUCCCCUUCCCGCCAAGACGCCGAGCAGCCCCCGCGACACCUCGUCGGCUGCGGAGGAGGCGGGCGCGCCUGCGCCGCCCCCGUGGCUCUCCGACCUGGGGGGCAAGGUGGCCGUGACGAGGAAGACGUCCCAUUCCAAGAUGAGUCCCGACCUGCUCACCUUGCUGGAGCAACGACUGCAGGCCGAGGGCAUCGAUCUCACCGAGGAGCCUUAUUCGGACAAGCACGGCCGCUGCGGCAUCCCCCGGCCUCUGAUGCAGCGCUACUCCGAAGACCUGCAGCAGCCCGUCAAGGAGGUGGCCUCCACCAUGGACCAGCUCAGAGUCCGAGAGCUGCGCAAACAACACCGCAUGGCUAUCCCCUCCGGCGGUCUGACCGAGAUGUGUCGGAAACCGGCGGCGGGCAACGUCAGCACCGUCUCCGACUGGCUGGUGUCCAUCGGCCUGCCCAUGUAUGCGUCGACCCUGGCGGCGGCCGGCGUGGACUCGCUGAGCGGCGUGGCCUCGCUGACGGAGGGCAGCGCCUGGGAGGCGGGCGUGCGCGACCACAAGCACGCCCGACGCAUGGUCGGCGAGGCCCGGCUGGUCGCCGAGCGCUGGGACGUCUAAACCCGUCUCCGCCGCGGUCAGGUUUAAUCAAAAGUAUUAGCGGUCUGCACACGAGUACUUCUUGUUUGUCAUGACGCUUUUUCAGCACCCAUUUCUCAAAAUGUUUACGACCACUCGGAGUCUAUCCUGGAUGCUAAAAGGAUACCCUUUUUAAGAAAAAAAAAAAUGCAAAAGUCGCUGUGAGGCGAAGACGCACCCCUUAGUUGUUCAACUAAAGACUUUGCCUUUGAGGAAGAUAGCACACCACCAUUUUGUAGAAUGGACGUCUUCACAAGUGCUUCGCUUUUGAAAAGUCGCUUUUUCUUCUAAGGUACACUACUCACAAAAAGGUAGGGGUGACAUUACACACACAAUGAACAGUUGAUCGUGCGUUCAAAAAGGUGAAAUGAUGUUCGCCUGCAAAUGUUAUAGUGCAGUUUAGGUUCAUCCUCCCUAACUUUUUUGUGCGUUGUGUAUUUUACACCGCCAAAGUGAUUCCCGUUCUCCCGUGCUUCAUGACACACUCAAUGCAUACCAUACACUAAUAAGUGACACGUGGCUUACUUUUUAUAAUACUGUUUUUCUGUAUUAUAGCUUCAUUUUAUUCAUGUGUGUUUCGAACGUCGCGCUGGGGUCAUCACCAAGCAGCAUUCCCGACAUAUCCAAGCAAGCUUUUGGACAGUGGAUCGUGUUGUCGAUACAGUAAAUGCAGGGCAAGGCCUUGCACCCCCACCCCCCCCCACCCCCCUCAAUGCGGCAAAUACUACCAAUUUAUUUCAAUAACACAAAGACGAAUUGUUUUAUUUUUUACUGAUAAAAACACGAGACCUGAGUAAGAAUAUCCAGAGACACAGCUGUUUGAAAUGAAGCAGGAUUUUAUACACAGUGGAACCUCAAAAGUUAUAUAGCCCUGAGGUUAAACGAUUUGAAAAACGGACAAAAUUUGGCAUUAAAAUAUAUAUAUAAUUUUUUUUUUUUGGGGGGGUCGGGCAGUUUCAUGCCUCGUUUGAAAUAUUUACAUUUAAAUUUUUAAAAGAUUUCAUUUGUAUUUGUACAUUCUGGUCUGAAUAUAAUUUGUGAUUUGACAAAUAUUUGUUUUUUUUAAAUAGCUUUAUUUUAAAAACACCAUUGUCUUUUCCAAAUGUGAUUUAUUUAAUCAAUCAUUUUGAAAAUCUAAAUUUGAAUGUUUUUGACUGUUUGAAUUUAGAAAAAUAUACAGUGGUCCCCCCCGCCACACAUUCGCAGUUCAGCAUUUGAGAAUUCUUCUAUUUGCAGAUUUUUUUUUUUGUAACCUACCAUCCAUUUAUUUAUUUUUUAUUCUUAUUAUUAUAUUUUUUUUACCCAAGCCCCUGCUUUAUCUUCAGUCAUGAAUCGUGUUGAACUUUUGAGAUUCUGCUGUAUGUGAAAUCUGAUGUCAGUAUAAUUCAAACAUUUAUUUGCAGAUUAACAAACAAUGGCAUCAGGUGGAAAGCUACAAGAAAAAUCAGGGAUAAAGUGAGGGCACACUUGGCGUGAAAGCAUGCCAACUAUCUUUCCCCCCCCCCCCCAAUUAAGAGAACGUGUGAAGCGUCGUCGUCGUCCUCCCCCCCUCCAAAAAAAAAUAAAAAUCACAAGUGGUGCUCUGGGAGACGGGAGACAGCAAGUGUUUACUAAAACAUACAUAAAAAAAAAAUCAAGAUACUGACACUGUAAAUGCACUUUAGAGGGUGACUUAAUCUAGCUGAGACAUUGACUUUGUUUUUGUGGAAGGUUUCGGUGGCUCCUUAACGAACGGCAAGUGUAAUGAUGGAGUAAUACACCUUUUUCCUAAUCACCCCCACUUUGUUUUUGCGCCAUUUUAAUUACAUAUAUGAAAUGUUACGCAGGCCUUGCACAUUCUAUAUAUGUAAUUGAUAUUUAAAUAAGUUAUUUUUUCAACCCCUUCUCGUUUCCUUUCCAUAUGAACUGUAAUUAGCUGUAUUAUACGAAUAGCAAUACCUUCCUGCAUAAUGCAUAUUGCUUUAGCCAGUGAGGAGCUGCAUACAGUUUGUAUUGUAACAUAUGUGUACAAAUGAUUGUUUUAUCUGCUUUUCAUCUACUUAAUGAUUGUCCAUACAGAUUUGCUUGUGUAUUGAAAUAAUAAAAAAGAAACAUGUCCAUAACUUUGUUAUUCACAACCAUAAUAAUAAUAAACAGUUUCUUGCCCUA